CUCCCGUCUCUUCUACCCGAUCCCCCCCCUCCCCCCCAAAGCAGAGAGACCCCAGCAGCAGCAGCAGCUGAUGAUGAAGAGAGAGGCAGUGGCAGAGGGGGGGCACCUUUUAUUUCUAUUUUUAAAGGGACAGGACACUAAUUUUACCCCACUUCAACCUUGAAUUGAGGGGGGGUAGGGGGAAGGCGGCUGAGUUCCUUCCCCCACCCUCCAGCCCUGAGACCUGAGAGGGGGAUUGAGCCAGAGAGAGAAGGAGAAGGAGUUUCUUCUUCUUCGAAAACCCCCAUCUACGACUCCUACCCCUUCACCCCUCCAGUAGCCUCCCUCCCGAGCCCCCUCCACCCUCCUCUUUGGCCGCGAGAGAGGAGAGAAAGAGACCAAAAGCCUCUUAGCAACACAGACCCUGCUCUGCUGCUGUUGCUGCUGCUGCUGCUGCUGCUACUGCUGCUGCUGCUUGGCCCUGGCUGGAGACAUCUCACUGCACCCAGGAGCAGCCACUUCCCCAGCUCGCCGCCGCCGCCGCCUCCUCCACUCCCCCCUUUAUUACCCUUUGUGUCAUCCUCCACAGCUCCCGGGAAGGCACUCAAAAGUGGGGGGCAGGAAAGACAAUUAUCAGCUUUCCAGUUUUCUAUGGAUAUGAAGAUUUACUGCUAGUCAUCAGUGGGACCCAAUGAAGUCAGCCAGAAAACCUAUAUCCAACCUAUGUACCUUUGCAAACUUGUCUGGAUUUUGAAUAAUGGCACCAGCUCCCUGUGACUUGCCUAACUAGAAGCUUCUUCUUUACAUUGGGAUUACAAAAUUCUACCCAACUAGAAUUUAAACUAUCCAAAAACAAGGACAUAUAAACAAAAGCAUACUCAUUUUCUCAAUCUUGAGUUCUCAAUUCACAGUGGUUUUUCAAGGACCAUAUUUUUGAGCGUAGGAAAUCAGAAGACAAAGAGAGCUUUUAGUGUCAGAUGGAUGGAAAUUUCCUUCAAGGAGGAAGCAGUAUCUGAGCCUGGUUUUGGUUGACCAAGAGAUGUUUAUUGAGAAUAUCAGUUUCUGCAUGUGGGCAGUAGAUAUUGAAGGUUAUAUGGUUUACAGAAAACAUCUUUAAAAGAUAAACACUCAAGGACCAAGGAAAUAAAAUACCAGAAGCCCAGAGCACAGAAUAUUUUCCUUCACCAAUUCACAGAAUCGUGAUACUUCUCUAAUUCCAUCAAAUACAAAGGAAUGACCACCUUGGCAGAUGGCCACAGAGGAUGUCAACAGUUUUUUGGAGGCAAGCAAUGAAAUAUUGAUGCUUUGAGUUUUCUAUUAUUAACUUCUGAAAAGGAAGUAAAGCAUUAUAAAAUCCUAUUGUGGGUCCUCGUGUUUUGCCAUUCUUGCAUGAAACACAUGAAAUAUCCAGAAGUACUUUUCUUGCAGGUAAAACUUGCUUCAAAUUAUUCUUUACAUAUAAUAGUCACUCAAUAAAUGUUUAUGAAGUGAAUGAAGGAAAUUGUAAUUAGUCCUUCUGCUUGUAGAUAGCAUCCAAAAGAGUGUUAUUAGAAGGUAAAGCAAUUCUGUAGCUAACUCUGUUAUGCACCUUCAUGUUAAAUAUUUUUCUAAAAUUUUAUAUGAAAGGUAAUCAGAGAUGGGAAUUAGAAAGUUUGCAAUGUGGGAAAGUGGCAAUAUAAUCUUUAUUUCCCAGAACUUUUCAGUAAAUUGAGGGAUUUAAGGUUUAUAUUUUUAUCUCAUUUCCAAGUGAAUGUUGAAACCUUGAGGAAAAAACAAAGUAUCUGGUUAAAUGAACAGUUGACUAUGCAUUUUGAGAUUGGGGUUUGGUUUUGUAGACUAUGGAUCAAAUUACUAGAGGAGUGUUUCUCCACCCUGACUAUGCUUUAGCAUAAUCAGAGAAGUUUUUUAAAAAUAGUUAUUUAGGCCCUGCCUCUACUGGUUACUCUCUUUUGUUCCAAUUACUAGCUGUGUGGCUUUGAGCAUUUUGUAGUUCUCAGAAUCAGAUUCUCGAGAAGUGAUGAUACAGUAGUAGUGGACUUUUGGAUAAGAUUGUGUCUUACAGAAAUUGAAAAUAAAAUAUAAUAUAUACUUAGAGAUGUGCUGAUCUAAUUAGGAAAACUUUGAACUGAAAAACAGGGAUUUGAGGAGAUAAAUAUGCAAAUUAAACAAUAAAGAUUUUAUUAUUAAGAGCAUCAAUAAUGAUGAAGUAAAUACCCUGUGUUACUGGUAAAAAUACUUAGGGAAAAUAUUAGGAAAUUGUACCUUUGCCUCAAAUGUCUAUAUUCCAAGUCCCAGACUAUGUCUGAAACUGGAGUGGACUGAUUUCUUAGGUGAGGAAUUUAACACCAAUCGAGUAUUCCCAGUGAAGUUGAAUAACCAUUUUCUAAGAGUAUAACAGUGAUAGAUAUGAUGGUGAUCAGGACACAUUAGCUUAUGGAAUGCUUAUGAAUUGGAAAACCUCUAAGGUUCUUUUCCAACUCGAAUAGGCUGUGUUUGUGAAUAAUUGACAGUCUUUUGUUAGCAUUUAUUUAUUCAUGUAUAUAUUUUGAAAACUUACUGGAAGAUAAAAUUUAGGACAUGAAGGAAAAUAGAAUACACUAUAUAGUAUCAUGGGGGCAAUUAAAUAACAUAAUUGUAUUUCAUUUAUACAUAUACAUGUGUUGGCUAUUUCUGUUACCAUUUAGGAGCUAACGUAAAUGUAUGAAAUAGGAAUUCAAUAUACUUAAAUGUACAGAAAGAAAUUGUACUAGAAAAGCUGUCAUCUUGAUCCAGGAUUUUUGAAGAGAAGCUUCUUGAAAACAAAUAUAAAUAUGCAUUAUAUUGUAUUUGAAAUUAUUAUUGGGUAAGACUCAGGUGCUAACAUUAAUUAAUUUCUGUCAUUGUUCCUUGCCUGCAUGUUCUUUACUGAGCAUGCAGCUGAUGAAGUUACUUUUGAUGCUGCUAUUAUUGCUUAUUAAUAGCCAGAAUUUUGGAGAGAGAGAGUCCAGUUUCCUGGAAGAAAAACUGCUGAGGAUAGAGAAACAGUACUCAUAAGAGAAAGGCUAACCUGAAAAAAUGUGUGCAUUCAUGCUCAUGAUUCUUUCAUUAUUAUAUUCAUUGUUGUUAUCAGAUGAGAACAUGGAUAUUCAGAGGGGCUAAAUGACCUACCCAAAGUAGGUCUUCCGGUUACAAACCCUGCUCCAAGCUGCCCUAAAGGAAAAGGGAAGCAGCAAUGGAUAAGAAAAGAGAAAUGGUUCUAGAGAGAAGAGGUACUCCCAUGUAGGGAUUCAUAAAGGCAUAGAGCACCUAGAGAUUUGCUGCCUCCAUUACACUGCUGGGUCUCACAGCACUUGUUAUGUUUUUAAGUUUGUCUCCAGAAGAGUUUGGAAACCCAAGUGCCUACAGAGGCCAGUCUGGUGGGAAUGAAGCAGGAAGCCACAGCAGUGACCUGGAGAGCCAAGUUCUUUCUGAAGGAGCAGCCGCUGCUCUGGUCCAGAUAAUUGUUGCAAGGCAGGAAUGUUAACCUAGUGAUGCCACUUUGUCCAGUUGAUCAGGCUACAUUAUUGGAAUUUUGAAGACAUGAAAACAUCAGAUGAACCAACCUGCAACAUCUUGGAUUCAGAUUGGAAGAUGAAGAGAAAGUUUAAAGAAUGUGGCCUAUAAAGGCGGGUAGUACCUGGAAAUAUUAACCGACUCGCAUUGUAAAAAUGAGACUGGUUUCUAAAGAGUAGAGAUUAUUUUAGUCCAACAUCAAGGUUCAAGACAAAAUGUUGAACUAAAAACUUUACCCACAUCCCGUCCCCCACUUCAGACAGGUACCAGCAUUAGUGAAUAUGGUUUUCCUUAGCCAGAAGCACUCCGCUUUACCCAUGUAGACCAUCCUUAGGAAUUAAAUAUUGGUUAUUUAAUGUAGAUUAUAAUGGGAAACUGAUUUUUUCCACAAUGGCAGAUUUCAAGGACUUGGUUCCAAACUGAGCCGGAGCAUCCCACUGCAUUUUGUACAGUCUGGGAACAGCUAUGCUGCACUGGCCGUUUUUGAAGGCCAUCAUGCCCUGUAAUAUAAGGAUAUCAUCUUCUUGCUGAUAUCUUUGGAGCGUCCCAAGCAGACACAGAAAAUGAAUGGAGGCAAGGAGUGUGACGGAGGGGACAAGGAUGGAGGUCUUCCAGCUAUACAAGUUCCUGUGGGUUGGCAGCGCCGUGUGGAUCACAAUGGAGUGCUUUAUGUCAGUCCCAGUGGGUCUUUGUUAUCUUGCUUGGAGCAGGUUAAAACAUACCUGCUUACUGACGGAACAUGCAAGUGUGGCUUGGAAUGUCCUCUUAUUCUUCCCAAGGUGUUUAAUUUUGAUCCGGGAGCUGCUGUGAAGCAGAGAACUGCAGAAGAUGUUAAAGCCGAUGAAGAUGUCACAAAGCUAUGCAUCCAUAAAAGGAAAAUCAUCGCAGUGGCCACACUUCAUAAAAGCAUGGAAGCCCCACAUCCUUCUCUGGUGCUUACCAGUCCCGGAGGAGGAACAAAUGCAACUCCAGUAGUACCUUCACGGGCAGCAACUCCAAGAUCUGUAAGAAAUAAGUCUCAUGAAGGAAUUACAAAUUCUGUAAUGCCUGAAUGUAAGCAUCCUUUCAAGUUAAUGAUGGGAUCAUCAAAUGCCAUGGGAAGGCUCUAUGUACAAGAACUGCCUGGAAGCCAGCAACAAGAACUCCACCCCGUCUACCCCCGGCAAAGAUUGGGCAGCAGUGAACAUGGACAGAAAUCUCCAUUCCGUGGCAGCCAUGGAGGCCUGCCCAGCCCAGCGUCGUCAGGAUCCCAGAUUUAUGGAGAUGGCUCAAUCUCUCCAAGGACUGACCCACUUGGAAGCCCUGAUGUUUUCACAAGAAAUAAUCCUGGUUUUCAUGGAGCUCCCAAUUCCAGUCCUAUUCACCUGAAUAGGACUCCUCUCUCUCCACCUUCAGUAAUGCUACACGGUUCUCCUGUACAGUCAUCCUGUGCAAUGGCUGGAAGGACUAAUAUACCUCUUUCCCCAACCUUGACUACAAAGAGUCCAGUAAUGAAAAAACCAAUGUGUAAUUUUUCAAAUAAUAUGGAAAUACCACGAGCAAUGUUCCACCACAAACUACCCCACGGCCCACCUCCCCCUCCUCCACCUUCUUGUGCUCUUCAGAAAAAGCCAUUAACAUCUGAGAAAGAUCCACUUGGCAUUCUUGACCCUAUUCCUAGUAAACCGGCGAAUCAGAACCCUGUUAUCAUUAAUCCAACUAGUUUCCAUUCAAAUGUCCACUCUCAGGUACCUGUGAUGAAUGUAAGCAUGCCUCCUGCUGUUGUUCCUUUGCCAAGUAAUCUCCCUUUGCCAACCGUAAAACCUGGUCACAUGAAUCAUGGGAGUCAUGUUCAAAGAGUUCAGCAUUCAGCUUCAACCUCCCUGUCCCCUUCUCCAGUGACAUCCCCAGUGCACAUGAUGGGGGCUGGAAUCGGAAGGAUUGAGGCUUCGCCCCAAAGAUCACGCUCAUCUUCCACAUCAUCAGAUCAUGGAAAUUUCAUGAUGCCACCUAUAGGACCCCAAGCGGCUUGCAGUGGUAUUAAGGUUCCACCCAGGUCACCGAGGUCAACAAUAGGGUCCCCACGGCCAUCAAUGCCAUCAAGCCCUUCCACCAAGUCCGAUGGACAUCAUCAGUACAAGGAUAUCCCUAACCCAUUAAUUGCUGGAAUGAGUAAUGUACUAACUACCCCAAGCAGUGCCGCCUUUCCUGCUGCAUCUGCCGGAAGUGGUUCUGUAAAGAGUCAGCCUGGUUUGCUGGGAAUGCCUUUAAAUCAGAUCUUGAACCAGCACAAUGCUGCCUCCUUUCCAGCAAGUAGUUUACUCUCAGCAGCAGCCAAAGCACAGCUAGCAAAUCAAAACAAACUUGCUAGUAACAACAGUAGCAGCAGUAGCAAUUCCGGAGCUGUUGCUGGCAGUGGCAACACUGAAGGACAUAGCACUUUAAACACCAUGUUCCCUCCUACUGCCAACAUGCUUCUCCCAACAGGUGAAGGGCAAAGUGGUCGAGCAGCGCUAAGAGAUAAGCUGAUGUCUCAGCAAAAAGACUCACUGCGGAAAAGAAAACAGCCUCCUACCACAGUUCUGAGUUUGCUCAGACAGUCUCAAAUGGAUAGUUCUUCAGUUCCCAAACCUGGACCCGACUUGCUGAGGAAGCAAAGUCAGGGUUCUUUCCCCAUCAGUUCAAUGUCUCAGUUACUACAGUCUAUGAGUUGUCAAAGCUCUCACUUGAGUAGCAAUAGUACCCCGGGUUGUGGGGCCUCCAAUACUGCUUUGCCUUGCUCUGCUAACCAGCUGCAUUUUACAGACCCCAGUGUGAACUCCAGUGUUCUUCAGAAUUCACUGACACAGAACAUCCCUGUACGAGGGGAAGCCGUGCACUGCCACAACGCAAACACUAACUUUGUUCACAGUCACAAUUCAGUCCCCAACCACCAUCUUGCAGGUUUGAUCAAUCAGAUUCAGGCUAGCGGGAACUGUGGGACGCUCAGUCAGUCGGGCAUGGCUUUAGGAAACUCAUUACAUCCCAAUCCACCUCAGUCAAGAAUUUCAGCGUCCUCCACUCCAGUGAUACCAAACAGCAUUGUUAGCAGCUAUAAUCAAACAAGUUCUGAAGCAGGCAGUUCAGGACCUUCAUCCUCCAUCGCCAUCGCUGGCACCAGCCAUCCUGCCAUCACGAAGACAACAUCUGUUCUCCAGGACGGCGUCAUCGUCACCACCGCAGCUGGAAACCCACUGCAGAGUCAGCUGCCCAUUGGGAGUGACUUUCCUUUUGUUGGCCAGGAGCACGCACUUCAUUUUCCAUCCAACAGCACUUCAAACAACCAUCUUCCACACCCCUUGAACCCCAGCCUCCUCAGUUCUCUACCUAUCUCUUUGCCAGUGAAUCAACAGCAUCUCCUAAACCAGAAUCUAUUAAAUAUCCUCCAGCCUUCAGCGGGAGAAGGCAAGUCUGAGAUCAACCUCCACCCUUUAGGUUUUCUCAACCCGAAUGUAAACGCUGCUUUAGCUUUUCUCUCCGGUGACAUGGAUGGGCAGGGAUUGCAGCCUGUCCACUUUCAGCUCUUAGCGGCCCUGCUUCAGAACCAAGCCCACACAGCUGCCAUGCUUCCCCUGCCAUCUUUCAAUCUGACCAUCUCAGAUCUUUUUCAACAGCAAAAUACCCCUUUACCCUCCUUAACACAGAUGACAGCCCCACCAGACCAUUUGCCAAGCAAUCAGUCAGAGAACAGCCGAGCUGAGACCCUUUUAACCAGCCCCCUGGGGAACCCUUUACCCAGCUUUGCAGGCAGUGACACUACUUUUAACCCCCUGUUCCUCCCAGCUGUCACUGGGGCCUCAGGAUUAAUGGCCUUGAAUCCCCAGCUGUUGGGAGGUGUCCUGAACUCGGCAUCGGCCAACACCGCUAAUCAUCCAGAGGUUUCCAUAGCAACUUCCUCCCAGGCAACCACUACCACAACCACUACAUCAUCCGCAGUGGCAGCACUGACUGUCUCAACACUUGGUGGGACAGCAGUGGUGUCAAUGGCAGAAACAUUGCUGAAUGUAUCUAAUAGUGCUGGGAACACAACUGGUCCAGCUAAACUCAACAGUAACUCUGUGGUGCCACAGCUACUUAACCCUCUACUGGGGACAGGUCUGCUUGGUGACAUGUCCUCAAUAAACAAUACUUUGAAUAAUCAUCAACUGACUCAUCUACAGUCGCUGUUAAACAACAAUCAGAUGUUUCCUCCAAAUCAGCAGCAGCAGCAGCAGAUUCUUCAGGGGUACCCGAAUCUCCAGGCAUUCCAAGGACAGCCCACAAUUCCCUGCCCAGCUAACAAUAACCCCAUGGCUUGUCUGUUUCAGAACUUUCAGGUGAGAAUGCAGGAAGAUGCAGCUCUCCUAAACAAAAGAACAAGCACUCAGCCGGGGCUCACUGCACUUCCUGAGAAUCCGAACACUACACUUCCACCUUUCCAAGAUACAGCUUGUGAGUUGCAACCGAGGAUUGACCCAUCUCUUGGCCAGCAGGUGAAGGACGGCCUCAUUGUGGGUGGCCAAGGUGAUGCCUCUGUAGAUGCCAUUUACAAGGCAGUUGUCGAUGCUGCCAGCAAAGGAAUGCAGGUUGUCAUCACCACAGCAGUCAACAGUACAACUCAGAUCAGUCCCAUUCCAGCUCUGAGUGCCAUGAGUGCCUUCACUGCUUCGAUUGGUGACCCAUUAAGUCUCCCCAGUGCUGUCAGUGCAGUCAUUCAUGGACGGAACAUGGGCAAUGUCGAUCACGAUGGUAGGCUGAGGAAUGCAAGAGGGCCCCGGCUGCCCAGGAAUCCGGACCAUGGGAAAAACUCACACGAAGGAGAUGGGUUUGAAUAUUUCAAGUCAGCAAGUUGCCACGCAUCUAAAAAACAGUGGGAUGGGGAGCAGAGCCCUGGAGGGGAGCGAAACAGGUGGAAGUGUGAGGAAUUUUUAGAUCAUCCAGGCCAUAUUCACAGUAGUCCUGGUCACGAAAGGCCCAACAAUGUCUCUACACUGCCAUUUCUGCCUGGGGAACAGCACCCAAUACUGUUACCACCAAGAAACUGUCAAGGGGAUAAAAUUCUGGAGGAAAAUUUCAGGUAUAAUAACUACAAAAGAACUAUGAUGAGUUUCAAGGAGAGACUGGAGAACACUGUGGAAAGAUGUGCACACAUCAAUGGGAACAGACCUCGACAGAGUCGUGGCUUUGGAGAGCUGCUGAGCACCACAAAGCAAGACCUGGUCCUAGGGGAGCAGUCUCCAAGCUCCUCAAAUAGUUUGGAAAGUUCUCUGGUCAAAGACUACAUCCAUUACAAUGGAGACUUUAAUGCCAAAAGCAUUAAUGGGUGUGUGCCUAGCCCUUCAGACGCUAAAAGCAUUAGUAGUGAAGAUGACCUACGGAAUCCAGACUCCCCCUCUUCAAACGAGUUGAUACAUUAUAGGCCAAGGACGUUCAAUGUUGGCGACUUGGUCUGGGGCCAAAUCAAAGGACUGACUUCCUGGCCUGGAAAAUUAGUAAGAGAAGACGACGUUCACAAUUUAUGUCAACAAAGCCCCGAGGAAGGGAAGGUGGAGCCCGAGAAGCUGAAGACACUAACAGAAGGUUUAGAAGCCUACAGCCGAGCCCGGAAAAGAAACAGAAAAAGUGGAAAGCUAAAUAACCAUUUAGAAGCUGCUAUUCAUGAGGCCAUGAGUGAACUGGACAAAAUGUCUGGGACUGUUCACCAAAUCCCACAUGGAGACAGACAGAUGAGACCCCCCAAACCCAAGAGGAGGAAGAUCUCCAGAUAACAGGGACUACUACACCAUGCACAGUGUUUUUGAAAGAACGUGCACAGAUAUAUCUGUAUAUAGGUAUUGAUAUAGCCACCGUUAUAUCAAUAUUUAUACUAUGGCAGAGAGCUACAUCCACCACAGGGUGCUAAAAGAAACAGCGAUACAAUAUUUUUUUGAUCAGGAAGGAUAGUGAAUGCUGGAAAAACCAAUCAAAAUCCCUGAGCGAUGGGCGUGAUAAAUGGUCAAGAGAUGACUGAGAAACCCUUUUUUUCUAUAACACUAAAAUUGUGAUUAUAAGAGAUAGUCCAAAUGUUUCUGAAGACUUUUCAAUGUUGUACAUAGAAAAUACAGAAUUUCAUGGUGAUAUCAGAAAUGUAAAUAUUGUACAAUAUUGUCAUGUACAAGCGUACUUAAUGCACACUUUAUCUUUUAUUGUACAAAGAAAUAGUGUACAAAAUUCUUUGGUUUCUAUGGAGUACACCUACCAGAGACUACCAGUGUAAAGUGAUAAAUAAAAAUACAACCUAAAUGCUUUUCUAUGAUAAUGUAAAAGAUGCUGUUUUUGUAUUUAACAGCAGAGAAAAGGCAUGAUGAUGUGUAUUCCCUGAAUUAUGACAUACACGGCACACCACUGAGUGUCCAUUUAUAUUGUCUGUUUGGACGCACCUGGCCUGCAAGCACUGGACUUGACCUCGGGUGUCUAGGAAGUCGAAACCUUGCGGAUUUCUCAAGGGUUGAGGGCUCACAGGUCUAAAUUAAGAAUUCAGAAACUGCAACCAUUUGUUGCAUAUUUUUUUUACCUAAGUUUUAAAGUAGAAUAGGUUUUAUAAAAAAAAAAAUCUUAGAGGGAAUAUUUUACUCAGUCAUUUCUGUAGGUAACGUUUGAUAGCCACCUAUUGGACUAGAUUGCUUAUGCUGCACCACCGUGAUGCUCAGAGCCAAGUUUCUUUGCAAACAGUACCUGACAAGAUAAAACUUUCUUCUGUUCCUGUACAUGAGGCUAAAGCCCCACUUUGAAAUCAUCAUCAGAGGGAAGGUUGGUUAUAACUCAGUUUUCCUUUGGGGGCAAAAAGAAAUAUGAAUCAUCAAAGCAAGUUUCAUAUAUCCAUCCAUUUAUCAGUAUUACUUAAUCCGCAAGCUAAGGUGGCUUUCAAAAUUAUUAGCAAUGGUAAUUUUUUAUCAGUAUUAUGUAACAUAUCAGAUUUAUUUUAUUUAAAGAAUUAUUUAUACCAUUAACAGAUUCUUAUAUAUAUAUAUAUAUAUUAAUGUGGCUGAAAUGUGCAGGUUAAAUCUAUUAACCAAAUUAUUUAUAUUAUAUUAAAUAAGAAACAAAUUUGAAACAAAUGUAGAAAGAAAAUACUACAUUACAAGUAUACAAGCCUAAAACUGUGAGCCAUUGUAAAGUACAAGGUUAUUAAUAAGAAAUGUAGCACAACAUAAUUUUCUGUCUUUUUUUUUUCACAAUUUUUGUGGUGGUGGUAUAACCCUAUCUCCCAAGCAAUUGAACAAAUUUUCAGGCCUCCAGCCAGGCUUCUGUUGAUGUAUUGUCAAAAGAAGUCCAUUAUUCCUUUAUUUUUCCUACGACCAGCCCCACCCCCAAAUUCUUACUCCCCUAGGGAGCGCUGCCUUGACCCCCUAGCCCAGGGCUCACUCAACAGCUUAGUGAUCGGGCUGCUGGGAGGCCCUCCAAUAGCUCACCCUUACUCCUCUCUCAUCCAUCCCCCAAUCUCCUCAGUCCCAUGAUGUAGCAGAGUUCCAGUAACUCAGGAAAAAGGAGACCAAGGUCAUUCCUCCAACUGGUUUCUUGGGGCCACAGCACAGAACACUCCUCCUGGGCUGUUCUGUAAUAUCAGCAGCUCUUAAUUCUCCCCCCAGGUCUCCUGCGUCUCUGUGUCCUUUCCACUCCCACCCUCAGCCCUGUCCCCAAGCAACUGGCCACACUGGGCUCCAUGGGCUGGAGGGAGGGACCUUUCCUUCUGGGGUAGGUUCGUUUUGUCUUUCCCCAGUCCUAGAGUCAUCUUUUGUGUAGUUGAGUUGGCACAUUUUUGUAAUUAGUUGAUGUGUUCAGUGUGUUUCAACCAUUAACGUUGUCCAUUUUUUGUGCACCAACCUGCUUUUCUACUGUUUUGUUUUAUAUGAUUGAUUUCAGUCACAGAUAGGUGCCUAUGUCUGUCUGGGCACGUGUGUGUGUGUGUGUGUGUGUGUGUGUGUGUGUGUGUUCAUAUGUACAAGUUUCUUCAGCCUUUGCUUUUUUGUCUUCAGACUGAGUUUGUGUCAAUCAAGCCUUCUUUUUGAUAUUUUAAACUAAGUGGGUUUGUGCUUCCCCCACCCAUGUAUACUUUACAUCAGUAGACCAUGUAAAGUAUGUUUGCACCCAUGAUUUCAUUGGCUGCGCACAGCUUUGAUGUGGGUGUUAUGUGUGGUUGUUUCAGUCCACCAGGGUUUUUUCCCCCUUUCUCUUUUACAGUUAUAUGAUUUCAUGUAAGCAGUUAAUGUAAACAUUGUUGGCAUGACAGGCCAUGCAGUGCUGUAACAUUUUUUUUAAAUGUUGCACCUACUUUACAAUUAAAAAACUGGUCACCAUACUUAAAUUUUGCCCAUAGAGCCAUUUCUUUCUCUUUGUAUUAAAGCCAAUUCAUUUUUUUUUAAAUGAAGACUAGCCCUUCUAUAUUAGUACAUUUUUUUAUUCCCUAAAAUAAACUCUUCCCCCUAAUAUAUCUGAGAAUGGAAACAGAAUGAAAAUGUUUUGCUCCUUUUAAGAACUUAAUAGCUCCCCUUGGAAAAGGCAAACUGAUUUUAUUCUGUUCCCCUAACAGUCUUAGGAAGCACAAGGAGAAUAAACUAUACCUUUAUGUUGUUUCCAAAGAUUAUUUCCAACAAGUGAAAAUUAACAGAGCAGCUCUUGUUUGAUUUGUCUUGUUUGUGGCAUUAAAAGCAAUCGGGGGUUUUAUUUAUUUAAAGGAACAUUUCAAUUCUAUUGUGAAUAUCAAUACUUUAAGAAGAAUAUUCAUCCCUUGUGAUAUCAUGGGCCACUUUUAGUCUUUUAAUUAGACCCUGACUUUGAGUUAUUUGCUGUGUCUGUUUUUUUAAGUAAUCACAACCUUCUGUUUUGAACAUACAGCAGAAUUGUGGGACGAGCAGAGGGCAGUUAUUUUGUUUUUCGUUAAGUUUUAUGAAAAUUCUCUACUGACUUAUCCCAUGAGGAGGUUCCUUUUUCAUUUCAGAGUGCAGUUACUUUGGUAAUCGUCCGUGCUGUGUGCAACGUUCCUGUGUAAGUCACAGGCCAUUCUGCACUGAGAUUUUAAAAUCUAAGAUGCGUAAGAUGCUAGUGACAUUGCUCUUUGUGAAAAGAAAGCCAAGGAUUCUAGAGUCUACUAGACCUUACUGAAAAUCUGAAAUCUUGUUUACAUUGCCCAUUUAUGCCCAAAUAGUGUAACACAAGACUCAAGACAUGUCAUUGUCAUGUAUAAAAUGAGUUAUGCAAUACUUUAUUGAUGUGGGGGCUGUGGCCAAAUUAAUAACCUGAUAUUAAGAACUGUAAUAUUGAAUUAGCUUAUCUUUUUCUUUCAUUCACUCUAUCACAUUCGCAUUAGCCAAAGAGAUAAGAACAUUAGUAAUUCAUGUGUGUAAAAAAAAAAAAACCCUAGUGAUUUUUAAAUCAGUGAGCCAAAAAGCAAUAAACAAUUCCAGCAUGGGAUAGCCUGCUAAGAGUAGGGAGUCUGAUGGAGAAAAAAUAUACAAAAAGCAUUUUCUUAAAUAUGAAAGAUUAAUUUGUAUCUACUGUAAAUAUGUAUUAUCAGCCUUACCUGCUUUUAUACACACUGUGUGUGUACUUCAGUGACCUUUUAUAAACCGGGGGAAAAAAUGGUUGAUUUACUGAUUUGUUAUGUAAAUACAAAGUUGUCUAUAAAUUGGAAAAUUUGAUG